AGCAAACAGGCGGAGCGACUGGGACAGUCGAUGCCUCUCUGCGGCAAAGCAAAACAGUAGCAGCAGACCAUUCGAAUGCCAACAAAUACACGUGCGCCAGGCGUGUCUGAAGUGUCGCCCGUGCAGUGUGCGCCGACCUUUUUCGGCCGCCGACUGUGAAUUGUGGUGACUAAAACACGAGUGGAGUUUUCUGAUCCACACGCGUGUGCAGCUGUUUUUUAAAGGGCAUUAAACGUUUGUCAUGAGUGGAUUUGGAUGCUGAAACGCGACCUUCGAGUUUGAUUGAGAAAGAGAGGCGUGGAUUGUUUAUAAACAAAACAGGAAUGAAGGAGGCGGCGCUGGCGUGCGGCGAGCCGGACGCCAAGCCGCUCGAGUCUGGCGUCCUCCUGCAGAACCUGCGCUGCCUGGUGCCGUCAAUGGCCGAGGGGUCACCGCCACCGUGUCCGCCGCCGUCGUCCAACUGUAGCUCAGCCGCCUCUUCGCCGCGGCCGUCCGAGUCGCCAGAGCCGGCCAAAAAGCAGGACGCCGGCGGCACCGAGAGCGACAGCGGCCACAGCAGCAACGGUGAGUGUCCCGAGAGUCACGGCUGCCCCACGUGUCCGGCACUGUUCGGCGUGAUCGAGAAGAUUGCCAACGUGCUGGACGCGCAGACAGAGCGUCCCGACAGUUGGGACGAUUGGCAUGAGCGGCCGUCCGAGGCCGAGCGGACCAACUGCCCCGCCGAGGAGGACCCAGUUGAUUUCAUGCAGACUGACAUGGAGUAUCGCGUUGUGGACAGCGACUCGGACGACCCGGACACAAAGCGUCCAGCGUCCCGGCUCCGCUUCAUCGACGAAGAGGACGAGGAGGAGGAGGAGGAGGAGUUUGAGGAAAAAGACAAGUGCAGCUUCCUGGACAUCAUCGCCGAGGCCGGCGAGCAGUCGGACGAGCCCUGCACGUCCAGCAGCAGCGAGGACAGCGAAGUAUCGGUGGUGGUGCGCGCGCCCCUGGCGGCGGCCGAGGGAGACGGUGAGGAGGCGGCGCGGUCGAUAAUCGACGAGGAGUCGCGGCAGUCGGCCGUGCGACUGCAGCAGAGUGAGAGCACCUCCGCCGCGGCUGCUGCCAGUCCAAUGAGGCAGAAGGACUCGGACGGCGGCGGCAAGGAGCCCGGGGGCGGCGGGGGCGGGGGCGGCGCAAACAACAACCUGCACCACGCGUCGCCGUGCACGGAGGCGUGCGUGGCGUCCGAGUGCUGCUGGAAUGACGAGUGCCUGGAUCGGCGAGGCCGGCCGCUUAAGUCCAUCAUCAAGUCAAGCCACGCGACCGGACACAAGCGCAGGGUCACCUUCAAUGAAAACUGCAACAAGUUCUUCGACGCCGACUACGUCAUCCUGGUCGGUGAGGACUGUAACGGCGACGAGACUACGCGGCUCGUGUCCAUGUGCAAGAAGCAGCCGAACCAGCCGCUUCCGGACGCCUUUCCCACAGAGCUGUGUCCCUUCGAGCAGACCCUCGACUACGUCGACCACCAGGUCACCCUCAGCCCGCCUGAAGGCUACAAGGACGUACUCGGCGCAGUCAGACACGACGAUGAGUCAGAAUCAGAGUCAAGUGGCGAAGCGCAGGACGAGGACGGGUGUCAGUCGCCGAUCUGCGAGCAGUGCUCUGCAUGUUCGGCGUGCGCGUCGCAGCACCAACAGCAACAGCAGCAGCAGAGGUACAUCGUGGAGACGAUCACGCUGACGACAGUGACGGAGCGUCGGAUUGUGCGUGAGGCUGGCGGCGAGCAGGAGCAGCCGCAGCUCAGCGGCAUCCUCAAGGGCGGUAAAUUGUGGAAGAACUGCAGCGACUCGAGCAGCGUUGACACGGCCAGCUCGCCGGCCAGCGAUGAUGGAGAGACGUCGGCGCUACAGGUGCGUCGGUCGGUGCGUUUCUCUGAGGAGGAUGAGGACAAAGACGGCAGCGACAGGCCGGUGAUCAUCGAGGAGGCAGAGCGAUUGGACGACCCGCCGACGCCGCCGGCCGAGCUGAGCCUGGCCCCACUGCGGCUGGGGCCGGUGCUGCUGAACACGGAGCGGCUGCCGGCCAACUCGGCCGUGCGCCAGCUCUUCCCCGACCAGCGGCAGCAAAAGAGACUGCUCAGCAUUUCGGACGACACGUGCAGCCUGGACGGCAAGGAGCUCAAGUCACCUGGUGGUGGCGGAGGCGGCGGAGGCGGCAGCAAUAGUGACGACGAGCUGUCCAGGGGCUCGACGUCCAGCAUCAAACGCACGAUCGAGAGGAACACGCUGCGUCGGAGCCUCCUGCGCUACUCGGAGCCCGGUGGCACGGUGCGGCGGCGCUCGGUGCCGAGCAAGGACGAGAACUCGCUGGUCGAGCGCAUCAAACAGCUGACGUGCGACAUUGAUGACGAGCCCUUCGCACGCAGCGAGUCACCUGGCCAGCGGCAGCAGCGGACGGGGCUGUUGGGCCGCGAGCGGUGCCACUCCGAGUCGGGAAAGGACUUCCACCCGCCGCAGCUGCAGCUGAUGCAACAGGACAACUGCUGCUGGCUGAUGGUGGACCCGCCCCGCGGCGGCGUCAAGAUCGCCGCGGCCGCACGCAAGCAGCUGCACCUAGGCGAACGCGAGACGCCGCCGGACGGCAGUGCCGUCUCCACGGCGCCCGACGGCACCAUUUACGGGUUGGACGACAUCGACGAGGUGCUGGCCGGCGAGUGCGUGUGUCCACCGCCGCCCGAGCACCAGCAGCCUCCGGACAUCCUGGCCACCGUCCAGCAGCAACAGCAGCAGCAGGACGAGCUGGCCAUGUUCGUGCAGCGCGACCUGGGCCGCAUCGAGCGGCUGAAGAAGCGGUACAGCCUGACCGAGGAUGACGACCAGGACGACUACGGUUUCAGCCGACGGCCGUCGGUGCGGGGCAUCAAGCCUCGUUUCGGCUCCACCACCGAGAUCAUCCAGCAGAUCCAACUGCAACUGCAGCCGCCGCCGGCGCCGUCGCGCGUCACCUGGCCCUACCCGCUCGAGGGCAGCGUGUCGUCGAGUACGUCGUCGCCGGUGCUGUCGCCGACGGAGCAGCACCCGCGGCGCCGCUCGCAGCCGCCCAUCCCCAUCCGCCAACAGCCCCUGAUGACCUCCGCCGCCGAGGACCCGUACUACGCCACCGUGCCGCACGACUACCGCUACGUCGAGUACUCGAGCAACGGCGCCUACGUCUACGCCUCCAGCUACCCGGCGCCGACCGCCUAUUCCGCAGAGUACUCCGAGUCGCCGCCACCGCCGGCCCGCUACCUGCCCAGCACGGGGGCGCCGCCACCGCCACUGCAGCAACGCCGCCCGCCGGUCGUCUAUCCGCAGUACGUGACGCAGCAGCCCUACCGCGGAGGCGGUGGUGACUACUACUACCCCCAGCAACAGCCGCCCCCGUCGCGGUUCUACCAACCCGCCCCCUAUCCCCAGGCCAAGUACCCGGCCUUACCGCCGCCCUCGGGCCCCCAGACCGACCUGCCGAGCCCGUCGGCGGCAAUGGUGCGCGCCCUAAGCCCCGUGCCCGCCGACUCGCCAACGCGCAGCGCCAUUAAGUUCGAGCGCGGCGCACCCGAGGGCGCCAGCGCCUCGCCCGGCUUCCCGCAGCAGGACUUCUACGCGGGCAGCAGGUUGGGGCAGGUCCCCGCCGACGCGGACCAGCAGCCCUCCUCCCAGCAGCAGCAGCAGCAGCAGAUGCAGCAGCAGCAGCUGAACUCGUCGGUCUACUACGCGAUGAACGUUUGACACAGCUGUUCGUACUUUGAGCAUGAGGUGUGAAUAAAAAAACGGACACGCGUCUCUGCUCCUGCUUUUCCUUUAUGUUAACGUUCUACGACGUGUGUGCGAUGCACAACAAUACUGAAUUCGUACAAGUUCCAGUCAUUUCUUGUAUUGUAAUUAUAUCCAACGUAAUAUUCCCUAUGUGUAUGAUUUUCUCGCGCGAUCACUUCCACAAACAACAGAAAUUUAAAAUCUAUAUCUAUGUAAUUUUUAAAUACAAACAAAUCAAGCAAACACGAGGAUUGCAUUAACAGUAAAAACAUAAAAUGUAUAAAGAGAUUUGGAUUCUCUCUGACAUUUUUUGUUUUUGGUUCUUGAAUCAAGUUCACUGAUAUGAUUUUAUAUUUUCAUUGUAUUUAAUUCGUGCCCUUAUGUAACGGUCAGUCAUUGCAAAAAAAAUAAUUUUAGGCCGUCUUGUCAUUCCAAAAUAUUAUUUAUCUUAAUCAAGAGACUGCUGUGGCUCUUCCAAAUUCACCAUUUUUUUAAACUCGUCGAUUUUAAUAGAUAAUUUUUAGUAGAAAAUAUAAACCCCACGUUUUCGUACUGUCCAGCUUGUUUUGGCCCCGCGGCUCUCAUCAACAGUAUUAUACCUCCGAAAUUAAAUUCACUCCACAGUGUUACCGGGGAAAAAUAGAAAUGAAAGGUCGUAACGUGGUAUUGAUCUUUUCUUUAAUAAAUUACACUCAGCCCCAUCCUUGUUGAAAAUUGCAGAGGUUAUUAUGUAUUUAUUAUAUUUCGUAAUUAAUUCAAAAAAUUUUCCGCAAAAGUAUUUCAUCAUUUUUUUAUAGCUUGACGUGUUUAUUGAAUUUAAAAAUUCCAACAGUGAUCGCGCGUCAAAUUCCAAAAGGUUUGUGACUCACUCUCAGAAUUGACUCUUUGUUGCGUCAUUUUUAUUCAACUCAUAUUUGAUUGCGUAUAAAGUGUUUCGACACGCCACACACCUCUCAUCGGAACGAACAUGGCAAAAAGUGAAUUGCAUUUCAACCGUAGCUCGUAAGGUUCUUCGUUAAUGACUGUCAAACACGUAGGAACGACCUUUCCUGUGAAGGGCGAGGACCCUGAUUACUCAGUAUUUGGAUGCCAAAGUUAACUAUAGGACACGACGCGCGUGUGCUAUUUUACACAAUAUCACUCCUUUAAGUGUGAUUAAAGCAGUGAUAUUUUUUGCUGAACAAUGAGAGAGAAUCAGUAGCACACGUAUUUAAUUAAAAAUAUAAAACGUGUAGCACGUGCACUGCAACGGGAAUCAUGCAGAGAAAGCGACGAUCUUCCUCCAGAAAAAACAAACGAAAUGUCUGAUUCGUAGCAAAAAUAAGAUUGUACGAAGUAUUUUGUGCUAAAAACUGGAAACGUACAUGCCACGCUUGAUUAUUGAUCAUUUAUUGUUAUUACAUGGCCUAUAGAAGUUUUAUCUCCUUCGCGAAAAAAAAACAAGCCGGAAGUCAUUUUUUGAUUUCGUCGUCACUGUGUACUUAGAGAUACAAGAUAAUAUGUGAUCCUUGUUAAAAAUGUACUGUACCAGUUUAAGAGCAAAAAAGAAAAGAAAACUUUUUUAAAUCCGUGUUAAGUAUAAAGUAGUGCCAAAAACGCGCCAGGUGCGCCGUAGUUUUAGUGUGUGUGAUCAAAUAAAAACGAGGAAUUAUUUCGGCAGGCAAGCUGGACCGACUGUUCGUACGCGUUUCCAUGCGAUUUCUCUCUGCGUGGCAGCCAAAAUACUCUCUCACACACACUCACUUCUCAGAGAUCUCAGCUCGGAAAGACGCACUUCUUGUUAGUAGUCUCUUAUAUUAUAUUGUUAGUGUCGAAUCGCCGACAAAAUUUAGAAUAAUUAUAUUGAAAAAAGAAUUUGAAUACAAGCUCGUGAGUUUUUAGCAAAUUGUUUUCCCACGCGACCAUUUUGCCAAAAAAAUAUGAUUAAAUUUGUCUAAUGGAAUAAACAAAAAUUUUGGCUCUGUGGUUGCUGUUGAUUUUUCGAGAUAAAUGUCUGUAAAACGCAAAAGAGGUACACAAUAACUGCCAAAAAUUUACAUCUAGCUAAUGUUGUAGGCUCGAAAGUGAGCUGAGACCGUUAUUUUGUUGAAAAUUGUGCAGGAGAUUUAAACGAAACGAAGUCGCUGUCAGACCAAAAAUUAAGGAUACGCGCAUUUUCACACGUCUUGAUUUUUGUUUUUUAUUCUUUCCUCGACUCUAGGUUGUAGGGAAGGUAACAAAAGCGGCUAUUAAUAUACCGACGGAACAUAUUAGUUUCUGCAAAACACUUACAAGGAGAGAACGUGCUAUAGCGGUGUAAAUACGCAUAGAGAGUGAUUGUGAACGAAGAGAGCGAACUCAAUUAUAUACCUGAUUCUGAUGCUUGUGGUGACUGCGUUUUCCGAGAAGGAUUACAAUUGGCUGUUUGCAUAAUACCUUUUUUUAUCGAUUAUAUUGUUACCACACUUUAAUUCAUUAUGUAUGUCGAGGAAAAUAUAGAGCUGAGGAUUUUGCAAAAUUUUUACAGCCCUAUUUUUCGUUCUGAUUAUCAAUAUUUAUUUCGCACUUGGCGCAGAUGAUACUUGUAACUGAGCAAUUGAAUAUCAUUGUUAAAUAAAAUUGAAUUUUAUUAUACUGCAAAAA